AGCAUCGGUCUCUAUAGUCAGUCGCUCGUAGACAGUAAUCCAGCCAUGGCGUGGUCUGCGCUGGCGCAGGUCCUGACAGUGCUGGUCAUAGCAGGCUCAGCUACAGCAUCUAACUUCGAUGUCUCGUUAAAAGAGGGAGACACGCUCUCUGCUGUUAUUGUUACUGGCUUCAAUGCAAAUGUCCCUUGCUACUUACAUACUCCAAAAGGAGAUGUCGUCGAAUUCAGACCCGACAAUAAUUCAACCGACAGAAUCACAUAUAUUGAAACUACUAUCGUUAGUUACUGUGGUGCCAACAUCACAAAUUUAACUGAGGACGAUGAAGGAGAGUGGACAAUUUACUACACUAAUGGCGAUGAACAAUUCUCCAAUAAUUAUUAUUUGACUAUUGAUAAAGCUGGCACCGAAACUGAUGAAGGUCCAAGCGAACCAGAAAAUGUAAGAGAGGAAGAUGUCACAGAAUGGCUAAGAGUUAUUAACAUCAGCACUAGAACUGGUCUCACCGUCGACAUAGCUUUGAGCGUAAAAGAUGACUUGACACAAGAAGAAACGUUCUCAGUUAUCACUCCUAAUGAAGAAGUCUUGUGGCUAAAUGAUGCUACACCAGGAGUAGUGGCACAUGGUAGUAGUGACUUCGUGGCUAAUAGGAUAACUGUUGGCCCGAUCAUGGAUGCUUCGAUGCUCGGUCGUUGGUCACUUUGUGGGGAGAUAGAGGAUAACAUAAUAGUGAGGCGAUGCCAACCGGUCGUCAUUAGUUGGAAUAAUGCUAACAACCCAAUAGAGGAAUGGAAUACCACAAUAACAAACGCGAGAGAUAUUGUCACCAACUACAAUGCACGAGUCAACGUCACCGUGAGGGGAUCUGGCGCUCUUCAAACCUGCCACGUAAUCACUCCCACCGGGGAUGACCUAAUCGUCACCAGCGACUCCACAUACCCUGGCAUUACUUUUAUAGCUCUUCGUGAUACUGCCUUGUGUACAGUUACUCUGUCCCCUAUUCAUAGACAUCUUAUAGGUGAUUGGGUUUUGUAUGCUGUGUUCUGGGCGUCCAACAGAGGCAGAAAUGAAGUUCAUAUGCCGUUCAAACUUUUCCUUUAUGACGAAGAAGAUCCUUACAGUCAAGCAUACAAUGUGACUACGUUGAAUCCUUUGAACCGAGUAGUUCAUCUCGGCACUAGUACCACGCUGACAUUAUCUGGCAGUGGAACCACUGACAGUUGCGAGAUAAUAAGCCCAUCAGGAGAAUCAUUUAAGAGCAGUUCUGGCUCUGUAACCUUCUUGGCGCCUAAUUCCUAUGUAAGAUGCAUGGUCGCUAUUGGACCAGUUGGAUUGGAUACCUUAGGCGACUGGCUGUUCAUUGCGAAAUUCAAUAACAGAGGCGUUUUUACUGAAAACAGACAGACGGUCAGUCUGACACUUGAAGAGGAAGAAUGGCUACCAAAUAUUAACAUUAACACAAGAACUGGUCUCAACAUCGACUUGGCUUUAGGCAAAAAAGAACUAGACCUAUCGUUCAAAGAGAAGUUUACUCUCACUACUCCUCAAAACGAAGUCGUAGAGGUAGAGAAUGCUGAUAUAGUUGGAGUGACUGUACAUGAAAGUAGCGACUUUGUUGAUAGCAGAGUAACUAUUGGACCCAUGGAUUCCACCCUUAUCGGUCGUUGGGUUUUGUGUGGGGAGGUCGAUAUUGGAGUAUUAGUGAAGAGAUGUCAGCCCUUAAUUAUCUCUUGGAACAAUGCCAACAGCCCAUCAGACACAUGGAACACUACAGUAGUAGCUCAGAGAGAUUUAGUGACGAAUUACUUAGCUGUAUUAAACGUCACAGUAAGAGGCGCAGGCGUUCUUCAGAAUUGUCACGUCAUAACUCCUAAAGGAGAAGACCUUAUCCUCACAAGUACUCCUACCUACCCUGGACUAAAUUUAAUGGUACUGCGUGAUACAGCCACGUGUACAGUUACUCUGGGGCCUAUUCAUAAGCAAUUCAUUGGCGAUUGGGUUUUAACUGCUGCAUUCUUGGCGUCAAACAACAGAGGGAGAAAUGAAGUUCACAUGCCAUUUAAUUUGUUCCUUUAUGAUGAAGAAGAUCCAUACAGCCAAGCUUAUAAUGUGACCAAUUUGAAUCCUCUGACUCGUAUGGUUAAUCUUGGUACAAGUACUACCUUGACAUUGUCUGGUAGUGGAACUACUGACAGCUGCGAGUUAAGGAGCCCAUCAGGAGAAUUAUAUAAUCUACAAAACAGUUCCGGCACCGUUACGUUUAUGACGCCGGAUUCAAGUGUAAGAUGUCGGGUUGCUAUUGGGCCCAUUGGAUUAGAGACUCUGGGUGACUGGCUGUUUACUGCAAAAUUCAAUAAUAGAGGCAUAUUUACUGAGAACAGACAGAUAGUCCACCUUUUGCUUGAAGAGGAAGAAAUACUAAGAAGCAUUAACAUCGUCACCAGGACUGGCUUAACAGUUGAUAUUUCUUUGGCUAAGAAAGAACUAAAUUCAGUGGAAGAGAAAUAUACUCUCACAACUUCCAGCGGUCACGUCUAUUCAUUAGAAGGCGCAAACAUACCGGGGGUAACGGUACAUGGCAGGAGUGAGUUUGUGGAUAGCAGAGUGACAAUUGGCCCUAUGGAGGCAUCGCUAAUCGGCCGCUGGACUCUUUGUGGAGAGAUUGAUGUUGGUGCAUCCAUAAAAAGAUGCCAGCCAGUCGUCAUCAGUUGGAACAAUAACAACAUUCCCUCAGAAGUAUGGAAUACCACAGUGUUGGCUACAAGAGACACAGUGACAAAUUAUUACGCCACAGUAACCACUUUUGUAAGAGGAUCGGGCACACUUCAGACUUGUCAUCUUGUUUCUCCUGAAGGAGAAGACCUUACUCUUACCGCCGAUUCUGCUUUCCCCGGACUUGAACAAAUAGUUGGUCGUGACACUGCCAUUUGUAAUGUUACCAUAGGACCUAUUCACCAACAAUUUAUCGGUUUAUGGACCUUACGUGCCACAUUCCUAGCAACAGCAGCUAGAGGCGGAUUCAAUGAAGUUCAAUUGCCAUUAAAUUUGUUCCUGUAUGAUGAAGACAACCCACAUAGCCAAGCGUAUAAUGUAACAACACUGAGUACUGUGACACGGGUGAUUAAUCUGGGCACAAGUCUCGCCUUCUCCUUAAGCGGUAGUGGGUCCACUGACAGUUGCGAAGUGAGGAGUCCAUCAGGAAAACUAUAUACCCUACAAAAUGGCACUUCACCAGUGACGUUUGGGUCACCUGACUCCAGUGUGCGCUGCAGGGUGACUCUCGGACCAUUUGAACACGGAAUCUUCGGCGAUUGGAGCUUCAAUGCUAAAUUUAAUAAUAGAGGCAUUUUUACGGAGAGCAGGCAACCAAUUAGUGUCUUAUUAGAAGAUCCAGAAAAUCCAAUAAUCGAAGAUCACAGAACUGUAAUAUUAAGAGAUCCGAUAAAUUUGGUAACAUCUGUGGGUGAAGAACACACUAUUAUGGCAGAUCCGAACAUGUCUUCCAGAGAUAUAACUGAAAGUUGUCAUAUAAGGACUCCCAGCGGUCUUCAAUACACCAUCAUGGAAGGAUUUAAUCUUACUGGAAUAGAAAUCGUUGCAAAUGCUAACAACAGAUGUAUUAUUAAUUUACAUGUAGUUUCUCCUGAUUUAGUCGGAGAAUGGAUCCUCAUCUCUAGAGAACAAAGGAGUUCACAACCCGUUGAAGUGAGACAACAGUUCACAAUCUUUGUCGAAGAGACUAUUGAUGCCUCAACAAGCGAAGUCACCGUGUCUGAAGGCAAUGACCUGUACUUACGUUUAGCAAACCCUACAAGCCAUUAUGAAGCCUGUAUACUUUUGGACCCUAGUGGCACUGAGAGAACCGACCGAGAAGUCGACGAAAUCCAUGUUGAGUCUUGUGGAUUCAUUGUAAGAAGCCUUCAGAGUUAUGAUAGUGGCGUGUGGCAGAUUCGGUAUAGAGCUGGAAUCUCUUAUAUAGCCAACAUAAACGUCAUAGUAAAAGAUCAAUGGGAAGCAACUCACGAAACAAUAACCUUGACUAGAGGUACAUCUGUUAAUGAAACCCUAGGCCCUGAAAAUGCAAUAUACUGCAAACUGUCGGAUCCUACUCAACGCGUGGUCUUUGAAGGUCAUGGCAGAUGCGUCCUGUCUUUGGACAGAGUGGCCAAUCGUCACGUCGGUACUUGGACCAUGAAUGUUGGAUUUCGUGGAAAUAUGUUGACAAGAACCUACCAUUUCGAUGUUGAAGCAGAAGCGACAGAAGACAAGCCAGUAGUAACAACAUUCGUAGCUAAAGAGCAGCCAGAGGUGACCCUGAAAUGUUCCGUGCCCGUCGAAUACGAGGUCAAGUCCUGUCUGUUCCAAGAGCCCUCUGGACGUGUGAUCAUCGUUAAUGACGGAGUGGCUGAAGACCGGUACAUCUCCCAUGGAUCUGGCACCACCGUGGAAGGCAACGUGACGACGCACGAAUGCGGUAUCCGCAUUACAGAUCCUGCCGUGGCUGAUCUUGGGCUGUGGCGCUGUGCCAUGGAAACUGAUCUUGAGGUCUACUAUGGCUUCCUCACGGUGCUCUGCCCGUGGGCCAUGCAGGACCCAGAGACUGCCGCUGUCAUUGUUUCAGAGCCUACCUUGACGGCCAGACAGGAGAUCUUCACGUACCUGGAGGGAGAGCCUUUGACCAUGACCUGCUCAAUCAAGUCACCAAUCCGGUACUGCUACUUCAGGAGAUCCAAUGGGAUGACCUACAGCGUUUCACCAAGCACUACGUCCGAGGAAUUCGAAUACGUGGGCUCCGGGUUCGACGCCGGGGAAUGCGGCAUCAGAUUCAGGAGUCUGCCGGAGCAGGAGCCGGGCCACUGGCCCGAGGCCGGCUGGAGCUGCCACGCUGGCAUGCCCGACGGCACCGAGCCUGAGCAAAAAGCUAGCUUCCAAGUGCAGAUCACUCGUCUGAUUGAAGUGAACCAGUAUCUGGAUGAAGGAAUGCUUCACGUCGAAGCAGAAGUCUACCAUCAGCAAGCCUUGGAAUACUGCAGAUAUGUCCGCAUUGACGGCAUAGGAUUCACAUCCGAGGCUCUCCCCGACUCCCGCUACACUUCCUACGAGGACUUGAGCAAAGGCCACUGCGGCAUCUCCAUCGAGAGUUCCACCAUCUUGGACCAGCACCCUUGGACCGUUGCCGCCAAGAUUAUUGGCAAAGACGAGGAAGUCAUUAGCGUCACAACUCACACAAUAGAAGUGCCUACUCCUGAACCCACGCCGGAACCUACCCCUCCCACUGAACCUAGUCCUCCUCCUACUAAUUCCACGCCUCCUCCCACUGAUUCCACUCCUCCUCCCCCCACUGAUCCCACUCCUCCUCCCCCCACUGAUCCCGCUCCUGAAACCACACCUCAUCCAGAACCUACGCCGGAUGUGGAAUAUGAAACAAAACCAAAAACAUCAAGUAACGUUUGGUUAUGGCUAACUGUAUGUCUCUCUGGUAUACUCGUCGCCAUGUGCACAGUCUACUUCACUAAAAAUCGCAAGACUGUCAUCGCCCGAGCCAGUUCCUGGAGGGACAGCAUCCGGAGGAGUCUCACGAAGAAGCCUUUGAUCGUUGAACCCUUGCCUGACCAUAAUGGCAUGCACACCACGCCUAUGAGCGCUUAAAACAUUAUAACCGAGAUCAACCGGCACCUAUCUUUCUUAGAUAUUUGUAUUAUCAUUAUUUCUAUCCUUAUAAGACCCACAGGAAUGUAAUCAAUUAUUUCAUAGAGGAAUUUUAAUAUUCUAAUUUCUAUUUAUUUUAAAAAGGAAAGUGCUAUCACAUGUCAACUAACGCUUUAAUUUUCUGGAUCUAGAGUUUAUUGUAUUUAACUUCAAUCUGUAUUAAAUACAUAUUAUUGUGAUAUAUUUACUGUUAAUAAAGGCAUUUUAACAUU